AUGUGUCUUUAUUGUUGCGAAGCUGGCUUAGGAACUAACUGUGGUGGCUCAACACAGAGGAGGAAGAUUAUUACUCCAACGUUUCACUUUAAGAUCCUGGAGAGCUUCUUGGAGGUAUUCAAUAAGGGAGCGGACGUUCUGAUUGCCAAGCUGGAUGCUCACGCCGGGAAGGAAGAGUUUGACAUCUACGAGCAAGUGACACUGUACGCUUUGGACAGUAUCUGUGAAACUUCGAUGGGAGUUCAAGUGAACGCUCAGGAAGAUCCCAACAAUGAGUACGCGAUUGCGGUCAAACAGAUGAGUACCUUCAUCCUACGUCGCGUAUUCAGCGCGUUACGAUCGUUUCCGUCGCUGUUUUUCCUGUAUCCGUACGCACGGGAACAGAAGCGAGUCGUUCGAAAGCUGCAUAACUUCACCAACUCCGUCAUUGAUUCCCGCCGGAAGAUGCUUGAACAGGAGCAGGCUAACUCCAAGGUGUCGUUUGAACAGCAGGAUGAAGACGUUUACACCAAACGUAGAAUCACCUUUCUGGACCUGCUUCUAAGUGUAACCGUCAACGGAAAGCCUCUGAGUCGUGAGGACAUCCGUGAAGAAGUGGACACUUUUAUGUUUGAAGGGCACGAUACGACCACCUCGGGGAUCUCUUUCACCAUCUGGCAUCUGGCCAAGUAUCAGGACAUACAGCAACGGCUGUACGAAGAGAUCGAUCGGAUCCUGGGCAAGGACAAGAAGACCGCGGAACUAACCAACUUGAAGAUACAAGAGUUUGAGUAUCUUGACAUGGUCGUGAAGGAAUCACUCCGGAUGAUACCGCCUGUUCCCAUCAUUGGAAGGUGCUUGCUGGAGGACAUGGAAAUGAAUGGCGUAACGAUCCCGGCCGGCACCAACAUCUCCAUCAAGAUCUGUAACAUCCACACGAACCCGAAAAUCUGGCCCAACCCGGAAAAGUUCGACCCGGAACGGUUCUCGAAGACGAACGAAGACAAGCGUGGUCCGUACGAUUUUAUUCCGUUUAGUGCCGGGUCGAGGAACUGCAUCGGACAGCGGUACGCCAUGAUGGAGCUGAAGGUGACCAUCAUUAAGGUGCUGGCCAGCUUUCGGAUUCUGCCCGGCGAGUCGAUGGAUCGGCUGCGGUUGAAGGCGGAUUUGGUGAUUCGUCCGGAUGACGUCAUUCCGAUUAAGAUUGUACGACGGGAAGUUUGUUAG